AUGAAUUAUCUUCUUGGUGUAGUUGGUUUUUUCUUAUCGUCACAUUGUUCAUGUUUGUACAUUGAUUUAACAUAUUCGUUAUCUAAUUCAAAUUCUUAUUUUCCAACCGAAACACGAUUCAAUUUUACAGAAACAACGGCUUUAUGGACAAACGAUAGUUAUUUUUAUUCAUCCAAUACAUUUAAAACGUCGGAACAUAUGGGUACCCAUCUCGAUGCACCGUAUCAUUUUUCAAAUGUAUCAUGGAAAACCGAUCAAAUACCAAUCGAACGUUUGAUGAGUAUUGCUAGUUUAAUUAUUGAUGUUUCAAUACAAUGUAAACAAAAUAAAAGUUAUGAAGUAACAAUAGAUGAUAUAAAAAAGUAUGAGCCAAUCAAUUUAAAAAAGUAUUUUGUUAUAUUAUUCUAUACUGGAUGGACACGAUAUUGGUCGAAUCAAACAGCUUAUGCCGGUCCCAGCUAUAAAGAUAACAGUUCAAAUGGAUUAGAAUUUCCAGGUGUAAAAGACGAAACAGCCGACUAUUUGGUGAACAAAUAUAAUCAGACGUUAGUGGGUGUGGGCAUUGAUACUUUAUCAAAUCGAUGUACGCGUAUUCCGGAUGAUGAAUAUUGGACAUUACUGACUGUGGUUACUUUAGCCAGCACAAAUUCCUCAGCCAACAAUCCUGAAUAA